AUGCGAAUCGCUUUUUCUAUCGACACGCUCGCCGUGGCCGUCGCGGUUUGUGUUGUCGUUUCGUCUUCUGCGGCGUCCGGAGUCCGAAAGGCGUCGGCAACGGCCACAUUUGGUGUCUCGUCCGACCGUGCUCGGAUUUUGCGGACGAUGGAUGGAGCUGAUAAGGACAGUGAAGAAGCACGAAUGUUUUCGCUCAAUGGGUUUCUAGGCUUUGUCCAUCAUGCGCCGGAAGUGGACUUACUUCUGACGGAAAGCUUACUCCCGCAUACCUUUGGCGCGGAUGUCUCGACCAAGCAGGCUUUUGAGAUACUGGGACUUCACUCCAGCCCACUUGAUGGGGAUCUUUCUGUCGUUGCUACGGAAGUGACGCAAAUGGAAGACGCUCUCGACUGUUCGAAAAGAGCCAGUAGUGUGUUGUCACAGUUGGCAAAUGCUCGCAUUAAAUCCGUCGCACAGCAAGAAACUGCGAUGAUUAGGGCGGAGCUGAAGGUAAAAGAAAAGCUUUUACAUACCCAUACACAGGCCGUGGCUGAGUAUAUUCUAAGCGCUCGGUUCAAGGCUUGGCUUGAUCACGCCUCAUCAAAGCCGGGUGAAGAUUCGCUUACAGACGGUAAGUAUGUGGUUUUUAGAAAUGCACUCGGUGAGCCGGAAGCUGCUACAUUGAUCGAGAUGGUGCAGUGGAGCACGAGCAGCGCAAUAGCAAUAGCAAUAGGCGAGAGUUUGCAAAAAGGACAGUUUGACUACUGGAUAAGCCUCGGUAUUGAUUCGAAGGAAGGCUUGCUCAAGCAGCUAUCCAUUCCUGUGAAGCAGACUUUCAAGAUGCCCAGAAUGAUAUCCCGUAUCUCCGCGGAUAAGUACAUGGCUUACUACGAGAAUAGGCUUGCAAAGCAAAUUACGUGA